AUGGAACCAAACGAGCCCAAAAUCAUGGAAUUGGCCAGUCCCGACCCUGUGCCGCGACUCGUGGCGUACGGUGAUGUCACCGUCGUCGAGUUUGACGUGGAAGGGUGCACGGUGAUGCGCCGGACACAGGACUCGUGGGUCAACGCGACGCAGCUGGCUCGACUGGUUUCUGUUGUCAGGCCCAAGAUUAGCGGGUCAAUAGAGGCCCAGGCGAAACAGGGCGCUCACGAGAUUGUCCAGGACGCUCCCGACCAGCUGAAGGGCGUCUGGGUGUCGAUUGAGCGUGCAGAAUCGCUUUGCAAAGAGUACGACAUUUACGGCGUAUUGACGCCGCUGUUCAACUACAAAGGCCCCAAGGACCUCGCACGCACAACGUCGACGCUGACGGAGGCGGACGAGCCUGCGUCACCCACGAAGAAGGCCAAGAUUGCGCCCGAGCUGCCUAGUCUGCAGACUUUCGACCACGACACCCAAGUGCCGAACCCGAACGCUCCUCACGCGCUGGCCCCACUCGGCGACGACGAAGCCGAUGAGAAGAGCAAGGUCGUGCUGUCGUCGUUGUUUCUGCCGAACCAGAAGGAGUUCUCGCUCGAAGGAGUCGCUAUCGACGCGCCGAUCGACGACAACGGUCAGACAGCGCUGCAUCUGGCCGCCACUCUGGGCCGCAUCUCGCUGGUCAAAGAGCUGGUCUCGCGCGGCGCCAACCGUCUGCGCGGCGACAACGACGGCCAGACAGCCCUAAUCCGCGCCGUCCACGCCACAAACUGUCUCGAACACUCGUGCUUCGACCAGCUGCUCGACUACCUGUAUCCGGCCAUCACUGUGCUGGACCACAAGGGCCGUUCUGUUCUGCACCAUAUCGCGUACACGUGUGGUCGCAAGGGCCGCAACGAGGCGUGCAACUACUACCUGGAGACACUGCUGGAGUGGGUGGUGAAACGCGGCCCGCACCUGCCUCCAGGCCAGCAGAUGAGUCUGACCUCGUUCAUGCAGGAGGUGGUGAACAUUCCGGACCGCAACGGUGACACGUGUUUGAACAUCGCGGCGAUGGUGGGCAACAAGCAGAUCAUCCAGCAGCUGCUCGAGGUGGGCGCAGACCCGAACAAGGCCAACAAGGCGGGCGUGAAGCCUGUGGACUGCGGCAUCGACGUGGCGUCCGCACGGACACGGCUGCCACAGCCGACCGCGGUGCAGAGCGUGCCCGAGACGCCCAAGUUGAGCAGCAUGAAGAUUCUGGAGUCGUUGCAGACGUUUGUGAGCCAGCUGGGCAGAGACUUCAGAGAGGAGCUGGAGUCGAAAACGAAGCAAGUCGACGAGAUCCACCCCAAGUUGCGCGAAAAAACGUACAAACUGUCCGAGAAGCGCAAGCAGUUCGAGGAGCUCGAUAAGCUCGUGCGCAAGAUCGGCGACUACAAAACCAAGAUCAUCAACCUGAACAACGCUAUCCGCGAGGAAGAGCAGCGGUUUGUCGAGGAAACAAAAGAGCUGCCGAUCAACUCCAAGACGUUCGACGGCGACUUUGACGCCGACGAGCCGUUCACCGUCUGGUCCGUGUAUAACGAGGUGGAGAGACGACUACAGGAGACAAAAGACCCGGCGGUGUCUGUGGCCGACUUUAUCAACCAGCUGGAUCCGGCUACGCUGCUGGCGUCUGAGCAGCUGGAAGAUCUUCCGCCCGCCGUCAUCUUGGAGGCCCGGAUCAACGCCUACACAAAAAACAACGCGAUGCUGAUCGAGCGGACCAAAAACCGCCGCUCCUCGAGCCAGGAGCUCGAGCAGCAGUUCAAGCGUGUGAUCGGGCUGUGCAUCGGCAGUUCGGUCGACGAAAUCGACGAAAAGCUGCUUGGCAGCCUACUGCUGAGCGUGGAAAACGACCCGGACCCGGAGAUCGGCCAGAUCAAAAAGGUCCUGAGUAUAGUGAACGAGAUAGAGAAGUAA